AUGGCGACUGCUCCGAGUUUGAUGACAAGCCCUUUCGUUUCUCUCAGUAAUGCCAUUACUACUCAGACCUCACCACCUCCAUUCCCGCGCCGGUCACAUCGCCUUAGGGUUCGCUGCUCGUCUAUCCAGAAAACGUUGACGGAAAUUAAUAGCUCAGGCGUCAUCGCAUGUCUUCGUGCCAACAGUGCGGAGCUCGCAUUUGAAGCUGCUUGUGCUGCUCUUGAAGGUGGCAUUUCAGUUCUCGAGAUUGUGAUGUCGACCCCAGGGGUGUUUGAGGUUCUACAACAGCUGGUACAUAACUAUCCUACAAGAGUCCUAGGAGUAGGGACGGUACUCAACAUUGUCGAUGCGGAAAGGGCAGUGACAGCUGGAGCCAAGUUUCUUAUGAGUCCUGCUAUUGUGAAGGAUAUUAUGGAUGAUUUUCGGUGCUGGGAUGUUUUGUACAUACCUGGAGUUAUGACUCCCACAGAGAUUUUGUCUGCCUAUAAUGCUGGUGCAAAAAUUGUGAAGAUUUAUCCUAUUUCUGCAUUAGGUGGCACACAGUAUAUAUCAGCCAUCAACAAACCUUUUCCUCAUAUCUCAAUGGUUGCUUCUCAAGGCAUAACAAUAGGUUCAGCUGGGGAAUACAUAGCUAAGGGAGCAUGUUCAGUUGUCUUAUCAGAUGCCAUAUUUGAUAAAGAUGCAAUGGGUCAAAAGAAUUUCAAUAGAAUACAUCAACUUGCGAACAUGGCAGCUUUGCGGUGCAAGGAAGCUGUAGAUCGGAAGAAGUACCUCAAGCUGAAGACACAGAGUGUAGUUGAUACUUGAUACUAGGGAGGCAUGAAAAUGUUUGUCUGUUCAUGGUUUUGUACUCUACGGUAGCCCAGUUCAUCAUUCAUGAUGUUCCUCCUCUCUUGGCGUUGGAGCAAUGCAGGCUGGUGAAAUUCUUCGGCAUGUGACCAUUAGUUUUGCAUGCAGCUUUAUUGACAUGGCUGGUACUCUCUAAUCGGGUCGUGGGUUUAUGAUCUGGAAUGCACUUGCAAUUACAGUGGACGAUUACAUUCCCGCUUCAUUGUCACAGUUGGUUUUGGAUCACAAUUGCUUUGGGGUUGGGUCAGCAGCUCGGAAUCAUUCAUCUUUUAUAAUCAAAUAGCUAUGUAAAGAAGUAAUUUGCCAAAUUAGCUACGAGAAAGAACCCUAGAACUAAAGGCUUGCAUUUCUUUUGAGGCCGGCGACGAUGACUCUACUAACCUGCCCUAUGAUGAUGAAGGCACCAUAGUGAGGGUGUUUCGCUUGGUAACUUCUGCUCUUUCCGGUCGAGACAUCGUAGGGUCUAUGACUCUUGGCUUCAACUUCGGAGACUUACGCAUAUACUGAUUAUUGUAGCCAUGAUUCACUUAUGUACGCAUGUCAAACCACUAACGUAACAAGUUCUUAUACUUAUCAAUUAUAAUGAAUGAACAAAUCUAACUGGUUCAGUUAAUUGUUGCAAUUUUCU